CUUUUAUAUAAAGACAGCCCUCUAUCCAGAUACUUCAGCCUGAAUGUCUGCUUGCUGUGAGGAGGGUCUCACUUAUCUACCUGCAUCAGAACCAUGUGUGACCAGCAGCAGAUUCAGUGGUGCCUGCCAGUCCCCCAGUGCUGUGUGAAGGGUUCCUCUUUCUACCCCUCCCAGUCCCCCAGUGCCAAGAGCCAGGUGCUGGUCCAAGCCCCUUGUGAGAUGCAAAUUGUGGAGUGUCCCACACCAUUCCCAGUUCAAGUUUCCCAGGUAAAAUGCCAGGCUCCAUGCCAGUCCCAGACUAUGCAGGUGAAAUGCCAGGCUCCAUGCCAGUCUAAGACUAUCCAAGUGAAAUGCCAGGCUCCAUGCCAGUCUAAGACCACCCAAGUGAAGUGCCAGGCUCCAUGCCAGUCUAAGACCACCCAAGUGAAGUGCCAGGCUCCAUGCCAGUCUCAAAUUUCCUGUGUUCAAUGCCAGGCCCCAUGCCAGCCUGAGGUUUCCUAUGUGCAUUAUGAAGCUCCAUGCCCUGUUCAGACCUGCUAUGUAGAAUGUGCUCCAGUUUGUUAUACAGAAACUUGUUAUGUGGAAUGCCCACUCCAGACCUUUGUACCCCGUCCAGCUCCUCAGCCUGUCCAGACUUAUGUGGCUUGUCCCCCACAUUCCCAGUCUCAGAGAAGAUUCUCAACCCAGUGCCAGUAUCAGGGCUCCCAUGGCAGAUACUCCCUGCAGCUUCAGUGUCCAGCUUCCUACAGCAACUGCGCCCCCCAGCGUCAGUCCCGGUCUUCAUUUAGCACUUGCGCACCCCAGUGCCAGGCCCAAAGCUCUUCUGGGAGCUUCCCCCGCCAGCAUCGCUCCCAGAGCACCAGCAGAUGCCUCCCUCCUCGCCAACUGCAGCCUUCCUACCGCAGCUGUUCCCCUCCACGACGGUCUGAGCCCUACUGCCGCAGCUGGCUGCCAUCAGCAUGUUCUUCGAGUUCCUAUAACUACUGCACCCCACCCCGCCGCUCUGAGCCCAUCUACAGCAGUGGCUGUCCUCGGGGUCCCACUUCAGGCUGCUCUCAGAGAUGUGGUCCCAAGUGCCGGAUAGAGAUUUCCUCCCCCUGCUGCCCUAGGCAGGUCCCUCCGCAAAAGUGUCCUGUUCAGAUUCCUCCCAUCAGACGCUGCUCUGAGAAUUGUGCCCCACGACCUUCCCGGGGUGCCUCCUGCCCGGAGCUGAGGCCUCGUGUAGAGUCACGUCCACUCCCAAGCGUCUGUCCAGCACGGCGACUGGACCAAAGUCCAGAGAGAUCACUGCAGCGAUGCCCACUUCCUCCCCCACGUUCAUGUCCACGUCCUGCUCCACGGCCAUAUCCACGCCCAGAACCACGUGCAAGGUCAGAUCCCCGUCCAUGUCCUCCACCACGGCGACGUUCAGAACCCUGUCUGUGUCCGGAACGACGUCCAGCCCCGCGCACAGCCUCAUAUCCUAGACAAGUGCAGCGUGAUUUUCCUGAGUCACGUCCAUGUCCACAACCCUGUGAGCACCCAGAACCUUAUUCACUUCCAGAACCAAUUCCCCUUCCAGCACCCUGCCCAAGCCCAGAGCCAUUUGUGGAGCCUCGGCGCUGCCCCAGCCCAUGCUUGGGACCAAAUCCAAUCCUAUGCCCUGGAGACGUAGGCUGUCAUGAAUCCAGCCCAUGCCGCCUGGACACCGAGGCCCCCAGCUGUGGCCCAGAUGGUUAUAACCAGUGGCAAGGAAGUGGUGACAGCUUUGGACCUUGUGAUGGGAUUCCAGAGCCACAGGGUUUCGGUGAUUGCGGAAACCAAGGAGGUACCUGUGUUGGAGUGAAAGGAGGUUCUUCUGCUGGAACAAAGGGUGCUUAUUUUUAAGGAAGCAUGGUUGAGACAUCCCUGCCUCCUGUCCUGAAAAUAUCACACCUCCUUUCCCAGCAACCUCAAAUUCCAACAUGUUCUUGUUGUAUCUUUCCAAGACAGUCAGAGGCUCCCUGCUGCAGAGGUGAUCUCCAAACUCCAUUGCGUGCCAUUUCAGGAUCCACACCUGGGUCUCAGGCACCUCUCUGGCCUCACAUCUGGCUCCUCCCCCCGUACACACCCUCAGUUCUAGCCAAACCGGUCCAGCCACCAGGGCACAUCUGGGUGUUCUCCAGAAUAUACCUUAUGUGUCUCUGCCUCCAAGUCUCUGCUCACUUCCCACCCUCCGUGCUUAGACCACUUCACUGCUACGGCCAGCCUCUGAAAUCCAGCCCAUCUUCCAAGACCAUUUCCUUGGAGUCUUUUCCGUUUGUUCCUUCCCACGGGAGCCUACACUGACUUCCUAGAACCCAUUGCAUUGUCUAUACCAGCCAUUUGGCAACUGCUUUGCAAUGUCUCUUAAAUUAUUUCACUUUUAAGAUGUGUGUGUUUUUCGUGCCCAACUAGGUUGUAAACUCCCAUUUGAGUGGAGUGAGAAUAUCGCUGAAGUCUCAUGCUUCUCCUGGAGCAAGCAGCUGCUGCGCAAAGCUUGUGGGUUGGCAGCUUGAGCCAUGAUCUAUCCUGAUAGGCAACCCCAGGAUCUGGGACAGAAAGAGGCCAUGUAACAAUAAAGAUGAUACCCUCAAUAG